AUUGAACAAGGAGGUAUUACUAUUACCAGCAGUUACCUGUCCAGACAUUUCUGUUCCGGGCCGAAUCCGGCCCGAUGUCCAAAAAAGUGGGAAAUUUGAAGAAAAAUAAAUGUAAAGACACAAAAGGCGGCAGAAAACUGCAACGAUCUUACCAAGGGGAAAGGAAGAUGUACAACAAGAAGUUAUGGACUCCCCUCGCCGGAAUCAUCCGUCGGGUACUCCCGUCGUCGUCUCGCUUCUCACUUUACCCGUCCAAGUCACCAAUUCGGUCUUCCGCCGUUUUCUAUUUUCCUUCUCACCUGGAAACUCCUAGGGAUUUUGCGAACGAUACUCUCACUUUUCUCGGAAAUCCGAAUUCUUUCUCGAGAAGCUUCUGCUUGGAAUCCGCCGAGAAAGUUGAUGCUACAAAUAGGUGCUGGGCCUGUGACGCCGCCGCUGGAACCGCGCCGUUUCUGGUUUGCGACUCGUGCCGUACCAUUCAGCCCGUUGAUUUCUCCGUCGAUUACUUCCAGAUUUUCAGACUGGAAAGGAAAUAUGAUAUUGAAGUUGAUAGUCUGGAGGGAAAAUACAAAGGCUGGCAGAAAAAACUGCAUCCUGAUCUUGUCCAUUCAAAAUCCGAGAAAGAGAGAGGCUUUGCUGCUGAACAAUCUGCUCGUGUUAUUGAUGCAUACCACACUCUUACAAAGUCUUUGUCUAGGGCAACAUACAUAUUGAGGCUUGAAGGAAUAGAUGUAAAUGAAGAAGAGACAAUUUCUGACCCAGAAUUGCUUGGAGAGAUUAUGGAAAUUAGGGAAGCUGUAGAGGAGGCACCUGACUCACAAGCUUUAAAUCAGAUUCGAUCUCAGAUGGAGGAGAAAUUGGAAGAAUUAGCCAACUGCUUUGGUAAUGCAUUUCACAGCCAGAAAUUUAAUGAAGCUGUGGCUUGUAUCCGAAGAAUGACUUACUAUCAGCGUGUGAAUGAAGAAAUCUUGAAGAAGCUUUGAUGCCAGGUGCAUUUUGAUUUGAGAACCCUACAAGCACCAUCAACGCUGGAGAACAAAAUCUAAGAUAAAAAGGCGAAUGCCCGGGAUUCAUUCAUGCACACAUUGGUUACAUCCUUCUGCAUAAUUAAUAAUGUUGCAUGAGCAUGAGGCAAGAUUGGAGGACUCCAUGCUACCAAUCCUUGUGCGGAGAAAAAUUUAGUUACUAUAGUGAUGAGUUAAUCCUUGUAACCAACCAUUAUCUUUACUCAAUUACUCUUGUUUCAAGCUCUUUGAAGUUUGAAUACCAAUAAAUUGGAUCGGGUUACCCCCGUCGGAUUCAAUGUAAUUCUUAUUUGGCCAAUUGAGAAUCAUAAUAGAAAGAAGGUAGUUAA